AUGCUUGGCUUUUUCACCAGUGUCUCCUCUUCUUCUGAGCUGUGCCGUGGGCGAUUUUGGUAUAAUUCUUACCGCAGUCAGUUUAUAACCUUUUUAAACUCUUUCCCAACCCAGGGUUAUGGUCCGCUGACGAGAAAAACGUUCAAAAACAACGAAUCACUGGCAGAUGCUCAUCAUGUGCUUGGAACCGAGAUGGAUCGCUUUUCGCUAUAG